AUGGCAGCAGCCAAGCAACGAGUCGUGCGGAUCUCCACAGAGCAGCCCACCUACGAGGUCUGUGUGGUGGGGACAGAAAUUUCUCUGGAUAUCAAUGGAUCCAUCCCAAAGGGUGCCACACAUUUUGCAGUCAAUGGAACCGCUGGUCUCCGUGUCUCUGUAAUCUGCGAUCCAAUGCUUGUCACAGACUCCACCGACGCGCUGAAAUGGCCACUGAACUCUGGUGUGGAAGUCAUAGUGUCCAUGAAUGGCCCCAGCAGCACCAUCAAUGAUAACAAGGUUAGAGUUUCCUACUAUGGUCCAUCAGAAGGGACGCUGGCUAGUGCUUGGCUGUACCUUACUUGCGUAGGGAGGACACCAAACUCACAAAUGUUUGAUUACGCCCGAGUGCAGUCCUAUGCAGACCUGGAAGACAUGUCACUCAUGAUCCUGACCACGGAAGGCCCGGCCGGCAGCUUUGAGAAGCAUAAACUGCACCUCUGCGUCUCCAUGUUUGAUGCGCCCAAACUGAGAGUGUUCCACGAUGGCGGUGACGGUUCUCUCUCCGCGUACAAGCACGUGUUGGGGUCAGAAAAGCUCUCCUAUCGAGUGAAGUGCUCCGGUGGAAGGCAGCGGACUUCCUUCCUGGUGGAGGGCUUGGCCUUCCCAGACGCUGGUUUUGAAGGCCUGGUCUCCUUGAGCGCCACUCUUCUGGAGGCCUCCAGCCAGAAUUGUCUGGAUCCCCCCAUUUUCUCAGACACCGUGGUUUUCCGGGUGGCUCCCUGGAUAAUGACUCCUAAUACGCUGAAGCCUUUAGAGGUCUUUGUCUGCAGCACUGAGGAAAAGUCCGCUUCCAACAAGGACUUUGUGAAGGCUGUGAGAUCUCUGGCCAAGGAAGCCAAUUGCAAGCUGACAGUUUGCCCAUACGCAGAACACAAAGGUGACCUCUGGAUCCAGGAUGAGAUGGAGCUUGGUUAUGUGGAAGCUCCCCACAAGUCGUUCCCCGUUGUCUUUGACUCCCCCAGGAACAGAGGCCUUAAGGAUUUUCCAUUUAAGAAGGUUCUGGGACCUGAUUUUGGGUAUGUGACUCGAGAACCUAAGAACCCGGAACACGUCAGCGGCCUGGACUCAUUUGGAAAUCUGGAUGUUAGCCCUCCUGUGACCGUCAAGGGGAAGGAGUAUCCUCUGGGGAGAAUCCUGAUUGGGAGCAGUUUCCCAGCAGCUUCUAAUGAGAGAAUGUCCAAAGUUGUCCGGGACUUCCUCUAUGCCCAGAAAGUCCAGCCCCCGGUGGAACUCUAUUCUGACUGGCUCUUCGUGGGGCACGUGGAUGAAUUCCUGUCCUUCGUUCCAGCUCCAGACAGAAAGGGUUUCAGACUGCUGCUGGCCAGCCCCCUGGCCUGUUAUAAACUCUUAAAAGAGAAGCAAAGAGAAGGUUAUGGAGGUGCCGCAUUCUUUGAAGGCCUACAGGAUCAGAAGAGACAGACUAUUGACGAGAUCCUAACAAACAAAACAGUGCACAGCACCAACAAACAUGCACAGAGCUGCAUUGACUGGAACCGCAGCAUCCUGAAGCAGAAGUUGGGGCUGAGCGAAAGAGACAUUCUGGACAUCCCGCAACUCUUCACUUCAUAUGACUCCUGGGCAAUGGCCUUCUUCCCAAACAUGGUCAACAUGCUCGUGCUGGGAAAACACUUGGGCAUCCCAAAACCAUUUGGCCCGGUCAUUGGUGGGCAGUGUUGCCUGGAAGCAGAAGUCCACUCCCUCCUGCAGCCGCUGGGCCUGACCUGUAGGUUUAUUGAUGACUUUGCCUCCUACCAUAGCUAUAAGGGAGAAAUUCACUGUGGCACAAACGUCCGUCGGGAGCCCUUCUCCUUCCACUGGUGGAAUAUGAUCCCCUGAACUGGUGUG